AUGUGUGGCCCAGAAUUCACCAACAAACCCCGUGGAGGCGCACUUGCUGCCCUCAGUUCACCAGAUGAUGCCGGCCAGCUGAGAACCAUUUGCGGCGAUCUUGCUUUUCACACUCCCGGCCGCCCAGAGAGCAACGAGGCAACGCACGCGAGACUGACGCCAGACGCUGCCUACGACGCAAGAACACUGUCAAAUCUCCAUGUCGUUAUUCAUUCCAGCGGUGACUUGACGAGGAGAGUGGAAGAUUGCGGCACCUUUCAGCAGUUUCAAUUUCCCACGACGGCGGAAUCAUUCGACAAGGCUUUUAUUGAACUGCCGCUCGAUAAACCGCUCUCACUUGAGGUCGGCAACGAUGGAAUCAUCGGUCGCCGAGUAUCGCUGUACUCCCGCUCCGUCCCCAACCACGUGGUGGCCGAGGGAAUCGUGGGAUUCAAUUUCCUCAGCAUGGCUCAGCCAUCUCUCUAG